UGGCGAUAUGACAAGUACAACUUAUCGUGGCUGACCGUAGCUGCAAUACUUAGACGCUUAGAGACUAGGUGGCGCGCACGCCAUGGACUUCCCUAAGACUGUAGAGGAGAUAUUUGAGGAUUACCAGCGGCGGAGAAGCGGUCUCCUUCGGGCCCUUACGGACGACCUCGAGGACUUCUACCAGCAAGCAGACCCAGAGCGCGACAACCUGUGCUUGUACGGCACACGGGAUGGAAAUUGGGUGGUGGAGCUCCCGGCCGAGGAAGUUCCGCCAGAGCUGCCGGAGCCAUGCCUAGGUAUCAAUUUUGCAAGGGAUGGUAUGCAGAAGAGAGACUGGGUUGCGCUAGUAGCGGUACACUCGGAUUCGUGGCUCCUAGCGGUUGCCUUCUUCUAUGGUGUAAAACUGGAUGCAGCCGGCAGGAAUCGGCUGUUUAAGCUCAUUAACUCGUUGCCCACCUUGUUCGAGAGCGUCACCCAGCGGAACAAAUAUAAGACAGCAGCACCACCACAGCCGCCACAGCCUGGGCCCGUGGUGAAGAAAAAGAAGUUUGAGGACCGUCCCACGGAGAGCAAGUAUCCGUCUGGACGCCUCCUUAAGCAGGACGAUGUUUCGCCUGCCCUUAAGGGGCGACAAGCGGAGCUCUUCUGGCCCGACAACCAGCUGUGGUACCUGGUGGAGAUCAUCAGCGUCAACGCGAAGACAAAGCAGGCCAAGAUCGUGUACGCGAGCGGCGAGGAGGAGGACCUCGACCUCGCGGAAAUUGUGCGGGAAGGCCACAUGGCCUUGUUAUGAUGCAUGUCGGAGGCGGAUGCUGGGAAAGGGUGCGGAGACAAUUUGAGGGUAGUAGAGCAAUAAACGGGGCUUUGGACCUCAUGCUAUACGAGCGUUGCGUGUUGUCUGUUUCAUUCUUACCGAGCACAAAGAGUGGGAGGGUUGGGACCGCCGUGUAACCUGCGUAACCGCAGCGUUGCUGCGUGCAUGUGACAGCGAACAGACGUUUCUGAAGUUCAGGAUCUGGAGGUUAGGUGUGUUCGCUUGGUGGGAUAAUUAGAGAUGGAUAGCCGGGCAGCCCUGUGCAACAACGCGCCCGGUUGGUGUUUUGGGAUUGAAUCGUGAAGGCGGUUAGCACAUUAGGUAGGAGGUUGGGGAGCUGCAUAAUGCAGUGUGCGCGGUCUCCCUCGACGGCGGCCAUGCGUGUGUUGCGUUUGUGCGGUUGGGGCACUGCCACACGCCAAAGCUAGAGUCGUGUGCACGUACAAAGCGGGUGUGUACAGUACAGGGCGAUACCCGUACCCGGCACGUGAAGAGCGGAUGAUGACGAUCCCCCCUGUUUAGGAGGAGUCAUGCUGCACAUGAAAAUACCGGCCUUUGGCCGCGCAGUGCAUGGCUUCCUGCUGAUUUUCUUGUUGUAGGAUAGGUCGUGCUGACUUGAGGAGUCUGCCUUCGUUUACCGGCGCCUUUGCUGGUUGCCGGUUGCUUUUUGGUUCGGAAAAAACGUACACGGGGUUACAUCGGGCUCCCCUUGACUUGUUGCUGAACGAUGACUUUCUGUUGUUCACGUUUGUUGCGCCAAGCGCUUUCAUGUGUGCGUGUUUGGAGUUUGGCUCCCGGGUUCAUGCAUCUUACUGCACCCUUAGUAAGCGGCCGUGGCCGGGGCGUGCGGCACUGUGGCAUGGAGGAUGCCUUUGGUUGCUUAUUUGGGAUCAAAACCAAGGACAGCGGAUUGUGUCAAUCGUGCAUCCAUAUGACAUAUGUGUCCUCUGACCUUCCGUACACAUAUCUUGACAUUGUUUCUUGUGUUGACCCUGGAAAUGCGGCAUUGUUGUUUCGAGCUUGCCGGUUGGCGAGCGAACUUUUUUCCCUGCGGCGCUACGUAAGCGUGGCAGUGGCAUAGUACUUGGGCCGGUUUGCGUCGUUUACUGGCUGUAUUUUGAAUCUUGAGGGGAAUUGGUUUGGAGGGUUGAAACUAUACUGCUUGCAUACCUCCAGAACUAUGGGAGAGAGCUGGGGUGGGGGUCUUUAAGACGCCUGCCGUUCGACAACUUGGCAGCAUUAUGCAAAGGCAUACGCAGA